GAGCCCAGUCUUGGUUUAGUCUAUGUUAAACACCAAACUAAUCAACAUCAUUUAUUAUUUAUUCAAUUUAUCAUAAAAAUAUUGACUUAAAUUUCUUGUUCAUUCGCAUUUCAUUAAAUCAUGAUUUCUGGAACGCUGAUCGUUCUGUCAGUGAUUGUAAUUGUAUUGGGAUACUUUUUGUCGAAUAGAUACAAGUGGAAGAAAUGUCCACCAGGACCGAGAAGACUUCCAUUUGUAGGAAAUCUUCUAGCUUUGGAUCCCCUCCAAUUUCGAAGCUAUUCUAAAUGGGCAGAUGAAUUUGGACCGAUUAUCCGAGUGGAUUUAGCCACGACCAAAACCGUCGUAAUUUCGGAUUAUAAAAUGUUGAAAGAAAUUUUCUCGGACCCUGCUUUCUCAGGAAGAAUGGAUUUCACAAUCUUUGACAUCGCUGGAAAAGAAAAACGGCAUGGAAUUGUGAACACGGAGGGAGAACAUUGGGAGGAACUGAGACGAUUCUCCCUUCGUCAAUUAAGAGACUUUGGUUUUGGGAAAACUUCAAUGGAAGAUUUAGUCAUGGCGGAAGUCAAUGAGCUUAUCGAAAUCUGGAAGGAGAGCGAAGGUAAACCCGUCAGCAGUGUCAAGGAUCAGUUGCUAUUCGCCGUGGUCAACGCCCUGUGGACCAUCACCACGGGAAAGCGUCAUAGCCAGAAGGACACGGUGCUAUUUGAAAUGACGACAAAGUCGAAUGAAUCACUCUCAGAAAUUCUGGAGAGCGGAGGAGUUCUUUUAUUUGUUCCCAAACUUGCCAAGAUAUUCCCCACAUGGUCGGGCUUAACAAAAACGCGCAAGACAGGAGAAGAGUUCGCUGCUUAUUUUAAAAAGCCUAUUGAUGAACAUAAAAAGUCGUACGAUGGAAAUUAUACUCGUGACUUUAUCGAUGUUUUUCUGAAAGAAAUUAAAGAUACUACAAAUCCCACCUCACCUUUCCAUGGGCAAUUUGGAGAGGACAACCUUCUGGGGGUUAUAUCGGAUUUUUAUUUCGCCGGAAAUGACACUACCAGCACGACAUUAGCCUGGAUGAUUUUAUAUCUCACAAAACUUCCAGAAAUUCAGAAAAAAAUUCAAGCGGAAAUUCAAGAAAUCACUGGAAAUACGAGGCCCGUGUCUCUAAAGGAUAGGCCAAAUAUGCCGUACACGGAAGCAGUGAUCGCAGAGACGCUUCGAUUUUCCUCCAUUACACCACAAGGGGUGGGACACAGGGCGAUAAGAGACAAAGAAUUCCACGGUUAUCUGAUCCCAAAGGACACUGUCAUCACUCCAAAUAUUUAUUACAUUCAUUUCGACCCUAAAAUUUGGGGUGACCCGGAAAACUUUCGCCCAGAAAGAUUUUUGAGCCCGGAUGGAAAGACGUUCAAGAAGCACGAAGCUCUGGUGCCAUUUUCAAUCGGGAGGAGGCAAUGUCUUGGAGAAUCCUUGGCGAGAGACAGCCUUUUCCUCUUCGCCACAAAUAUUUUCCAAAGGUUCGAGAUUAAGUUUGACAAAAAUGGUCCUGAUCACGGAUUUGAACCCAAAGUCGGGUUUAUUGUCAUUACACCGAUGCCCUUCAAUAUCAUUUUGAAGGAUCGAUUAGUGUGAAAUUAAAGCAAUUAGUAUCGGCUACGAGAAUAUAUACACUAGACUAUGCGCAUACUUCGUUCAAGUACACAAAAAAUUCUUAACCUGAAGUUACACAAAUGAAAUAAUAUCUGGAAUGAUUAUGGCCUAUUUUUGUGCCCCAUAAAAGCACGUCAGAUAUAUAACCUAGGCUGAUGUGUUCCAUAAAUUCAGUGCCCAUUUUCAUGUCCAAGAGGUGAUAAAUUCUUUAGUAUUUCAAUAUUUUAUUCAAUCUCUAUCCAAUAAUUAAUAAAUUACACACAAGCAACAAAUUCUCUAAUUUACAUAACAUUGCAUUUACUAAAUAGUUCGACUAUGUACAAACCAACCAAACCUUACAAAUAUUCAUCACAUGUACACACUGUCUUUGUCUUAUAAAAAUAAAUAAAUAACUAAAAA